AUGGACAUAACUCGCUUGCCUGACGAUAUCCUUGAUCCCGCACUCAAAACUGCAGCAGAGACGCUCAUUCAGUGUCUCCACACAAUGCCAGAAUUGCGGGGAGCUAAGGUUGCAAUUAUCGGUGGGAUGGCAGUUAAACAUCAUUUGGAAGGCCGCCGGCGAACCUAUGUGAGUGGACUGAAGAACCAGAUCUACCAACUCGUGCUGACGAGAGCAUGCAUCCUGGUGCAGGAUGUGGAUGUUCUGCUUUUCAGACCUGACCGUCCCAUUGACUACCAAUUGAUGCGCAAGGAGCUGGUCUCCCGGUUCUCAGGUUUGUUCAAGGAGCGCGCAGGGCCUCUGUUUUUCAAGUACAAACAUACGGUCGAGCUUAAGAAGAAGCGGAAGGCCAAACGUUCGUACUUUGUGCAGGUGGACAUUAUUCCCGACUAUUUGCCACCGUACCUGCCUGCGCAGGCAAUAACGCUGGAAGACGUGGACAUAGGCCAUCUGCCUUUUGUCAACCCGCUGGACCUUCUUUCCUACAAGGUCCACUGCUCAAGCCUGCGUCCCUGUCUCAGAAAACGAACACAGGACGCCAAGGACGCGGUGAAGCUCUGGCAAGCUUAUUACGGCGAAGAGUAUGUUCCGCUGAGCAAAGGACAGAGAGACGCCAUCGCUUCGGGGGUGGAUCUGAUGGCGGAAUUUUCCAGGAAUUGCCGCUGGAGGAAGUGGAGGCUGAGACAAUGGGUGAAUCUGUGA